CUUUUGCUUAUCCCUUUUGUGGCCGUCUUGUUGACCCCGAAUUGGACCUGUGUCGGUCAUCCAACGCCAACGCGUCAAACGUCUGUCGAUUCACAGACACCCACCCUUCUUGGAGCAAAUCGAGCAACAGCCUCAAGACUUCCCGAAAGCCUCAUCCCUGCCCUCCACGGGUCCCUCCCGGACGCCGGACGCUGAGGAGCGCUGCUUUGCCGCCUCCGUUUGCAAACCUUGCCAGUGCCCUCCUCGUUGUGUCUGUGCUUUCCAUAUCGAUAGACGCGGUAUCUUCUUCCUUUCUCUGUCCGGCUGGGUUCCGUGCUUCACCAGCCAACUACUACCCCACUUCGUUCUGCUCCCCCAUCCCUCCCUAAGAGUCGCCAUCGUGUGCCGCUCCGCAAGCAUGCCUCCAACCCCAACCGACGAUAGGGACAGCCAGGAAGUCGACGAGAUGCUAGACUUCGGAGAUCACGUCGACAAAGCCAUCUUCUCGCAGAUCCUCGAGAUGGACGCGGACGAGGAUGAUCGCGACUUCAGCGCGCCCUUGGUUAUGAACUUUUUCGAGCAGGCGUCGGAGACGUUUGAGAAGAUGCAGAUUGCAUUGGACGAGAGCAACCUUGACGAGCUGUCUAAGUUGGGUCACUUUCUCAAGGGCUCCUCUGCUACUCUCGGGUUCAACAAGAUAAGGGACAACUGCCAGAUCAUCCAGCAAUACGGGCACAAGUUGACCGUGGAAGGUGAAAAAGAAUCCGACGAGAAGGUUUGCCUGGAAAAGAUCGCCGACGCUCUCAAGAAGGCCAGGGUCGACACCGAGACCUUGAGCAAAAAGAUGGAUGAGUUUUUCAAGAAGCCGGAUGAGGGCAAGGAGUAGUAGCUGAAGCUUCCCCUCGAGCACACUGUUCGCCUCGAUCCCGACGGUUGCGACAGCCCUCCUCGGCAGACCGAUAGGCCGUCGGUCGCUGGAAGCGGGACGAGAGUGGCCGUGGGCUUCCCUGCCGCUGGCACGGGGCUGGCCGCGCAAUAUCGGCGGACGGGGCAGCAGCGAGCAGGAUGGUUGCUUCGAUGGACAGGGCGGGGUAAAUGCGAACCGGUCGGUUGGACCAGGUUCGACGGGGAGCGAAGAGAUCCCACCGGACAGAAGGGCGCCGCCUGUGAACCUCCUCUGCGAGACGUUGAGGAGUGCAAGAUGGGGCCGAGGUAUCAGGCAGUGCUGUGCACAGCCUGCGGGUUUGCACGGAGGCGACCGAUCUGUUGGGGGAGAGAAAACAUUUUUGCGCAUCACCUUGGGCCUGUUUGGCGGUUUGGGGUCUGUGUCAUGGUGCAGUACAUAGUCUCGAAUUCCGGCUCUGGCCGCCCCUAAAAAAAUUCUGAUGGAAGUUUCCGCGGGGCCGGGAACCUUCUGCCUGAUGAUUUUACGGUGCUUUCAAUGCGAGAUGCCUUGAACGGUUC